AUGCACCAUGUCUUGCGCUGGUCAAACUCACCUUCACGCACUGUCACAGUAUCUCAUGAAAAGGCUUUGGGUAUCACUCUCUCACUCAGUGUUUACGAGUUUAUUCCAGCCUACCCAGGGCAGCUCGUCUACUGGUAUAAGGAUGUUUCUGGCUGGCAAUCAAUGGGGACAACUUCCUACGCCAUGAAGCGUGGGAUCAACACUGAGAUUUUGGAGAAGUAUAUUGACGAUCACACCUGGUUCUACGUGGAGAGCGCAUUUACAACGAGCCCUAUCCUCUCGGAGAUAUUCAGGUCCGCAUGGAGGUAUUCUAGGAGCGGGGAGAACUUUAUGCUCAGAGAUGCGCUCCAACUCUGGACUGCGACCCAGCUGCUCUUAAACGGAGCUACUCUCCACCCUUCGUCCGACUCCCUCGGUAUUAGCCCGAUCCCCUCAUCCACCUGUCCUUUAGCCAAUCAAACACCCCUCCCCCGGGUCCUUGCGAACCAGCUCGACCACCUGAUUGAGCGUCGGAUAUGGCAACUCGAGAAACAGAUCUUGAACGAGCUCCAGAAGCGGAUAUUUGGCAGGAAGCGUGAGGAUUGGCUUAGGAUCUUUUUCACACUGGCGGUCCUCAUGAGUGCGCUUGAACGUGAUUCGUGGAGACUCUACUACUGGGUGUUCCACAUGGAGGAUGGUUAUGCAUGGCGCCACCCUUCUCCCCCUCAAAGGCUAGUCGAGAAGAACAACAUCCUAGCUGAGUCACUGGCGGCACACUUUGCCGCCAUCAGCAAGGGGCUCACUCCUUUCUCGUUGGACUGGAGUCGGGAGCAGAGCGUAGCUUUGAUCGGCAACUGCGGGGAUGCUCCCCUCAUGCUAGAGUCCAUGGAGAGGAUUGGUAGGGGCUUGAGGAGCCCUGAUCAUGCUUUGCGAGUUGAGAAUGUGCUCUCGCACUACCGAGAGAAUGACGAGAAGAGUUUGGACUUCCUAUACACCUCUAAGGUCAUGGUUGUGUAAAAGAACACAUAACUUUUUUUUCGGUGAGCGUGGAUGGAGGUCCAACCGUUAAGUGUAACGGCUAUAGCUAUCAACACUCCCGCUGUGCGACAAAAGAACCACGAUAGAAACGACCUGGAUUAAGACAUAUGGGUCGGGGAUGGGGCCCGGGAGCUUGUGAAUUUUUGGCUUGGGUUUUCUUUUUCCUUUUUCCUUUUUCCUGUUCUUUUUGCAUGCGUCUCUUGGGGCUUCCAUUCUCUGUAAAAACUUUGGUAGCUUUCUUUUUUGGACUUUCCUACUUUUUUUUACGACUCCAUUUUUUCCCCUUCUGUUAUUGGUUUCCAAAACUCGCGGAAUACGAGUGUUUUUCCUUUCUACUUUUCAUGGAUAACUUUUGGGGCAAGGGCGGGAAGGGAAGGGGGGGGGGGUAUGUUGGGUUAGGGUUGCUUUCUUCCGUUUUGUUUUUCUCUCUCUCCUUGCUCUUCUCAUCUUUUCUGCUUAAACAUGUUUAGAAUGCGUAGAUUUUAUUCAAGGGAAA